GACUGGGACGAAGAGGGCCAGUUCUUCCUCCAAGGAUUGCAGCCACUCUCCCAGCAGGAGGACUUGCGGCCAGAUGCAGACAGCGGCAAGGACACGGCCUUUCAGGCGAUUGUGGACUUCUUUGCAAAGAACGGGGAGCGUUAUCCUCUGGACGUCGUGGCGUGCA